CUUUAAAUCCCCUACUAUUUUUCUAACAUCUCAUAAACCAAAACAAACAACCUACACAAAAAAAGUUCAUUCAUUCUCUAAACUUAGCCCACUUUAUUAUUUAUUCCUCACUCAUAUUUUGUUCAUUAUGGCUGAAGAAGCUACUAAUACCCACAGUGCACCAUCAUCAACAUCCGAUCUGAUGGGGAGCGCCAAGAUCGUAGCCGAGGCGGCGCAGUUUGCCUGCUCCAACCAGACUGAUAAGAUUGAUAAGACUAAGGUCUCGGAAGCUGCUGAAGAUGUUCUAGAAGCUGCUAAGACGUAUGGGAAGCUCGAUGAUAAUAGCGGUGUUGGACAGUAUGUUGGUAAGGCGGAAGGUUAUCUCCAUAACCUUCAUGGAGAACACGGUGGUGCUGCGGUGGAGGGUGGUGAAAAGAAGGCGGAGUCGGCGGUGCCGGAGAGUGGUGAAAAGAAGGAGUCUAGUGGUGGUGGUUUGAUGGAUAUGGCUAAAGGACUUUUCAAGUGAUCAACGGGUGAUCAUAUUAAUUAUAAUCAAUAAGUUUGCUUAAUUUUAUGGGAUAUUGAAUAAAUUCUUCUAGUAUAUCCUGUUUGUUACGGAGUAAUUGUUAGUUAUUGUACGUUUUUGUUGUCGUUGUGGUGGUACGUUGUUUAAAUAGAAAAACAAAUUAAAGGAAAGGAAAAAAUGUUUGUGGUGUGGUUGUGUAAAUUAAAGUAAUGUAAUUUGUUUGUGUUUGUGUGAUGUAGUGAUACACUAGAUUUGUAUAUUAGUGGAAAAAAAAAACCGUACUACUCUUUGUAAGUUAAAUUAGUUGUAAUAUUGUACGUUUUCAACAUAUUACGUAAGGAAAUAUUAUUUUUAAUGUGGUACGUCA